CCAAGCUGAGACAGAAAUUCAGGCCUUGCAGAGCAAGCUGAAGUAUGCUGAACUGGAAUAUGAGACUGAGUCUGAUUCAAUGCAGAGCAAAGUGGAUAAGCUAGAGGAUGAGAUUGUAAACAUGGAGAAAGAGAUCCAGGAGAAACGGAAGAUAAUGUCUGAGAAAACUCCAGAGUUUGAGGACUUGAAACAGUUUUUCUCACUUAGAACGGAAGAAUUUGACAGUGUUAAGAAAUCGAUUGUUG